GCCAAAGUGAGCCAUCGCCCUGUUAACGGUGUCAUGGCGGUUUGACUUGUUGAAGAUUUUUUUUGCAAUAACUUACUAGUUAAUGUGCUUUUUAGCAGUGUGAUCUUUGAUUUUUGUGUAAUUUAUCAAGUAAUUCAAAAUAGUUAAUAAUGCGCGAAUACAAAAUAGUUGUGCUAGGUAGCGGGGGCGUGGGAAAGUCCGCCCUGACAGUACAAUUCGUACAAGGCAUCUUUGUGGAGAAAUACGACCCCACCAUUGAAGACAGCUAUCGGAAACAAGUGGAAGUUGAUGGACAACAAUGCAUGCUCGAAAUUCUUGACACAGCCGGCACAGAGCAGUUUACCGCGAUGAGAGAUUUAUACAUGAAGAACGGACAGGGGUUCGUAUUAGUGUACUCGAUUACAGCGCAAUCGACAUUCAACGACUUGCAGGACCUGAGAGAGCAGAUCCUCCGAGUUAAGGACAAAGACGAUGUGCCCAUGGUGCUUGUGGGUAACAAGUGCGAUUUGGAGGCGGAGCGCGUGGUUGGCAAGCAACAGGGCGCGAACCUUGCGAAUCAUUUCAACUGCGUUUUCAUGGAGACCUCCGCGAAGGCUAAAAUCAGUGUGAACGAAGUGUUCUACGAUCUAGUGCGACAAAUCAACAAAAAGUCCCCCAAGGAAGAAAACAAAAAGAGGAUCAAAAAACCCAUAUGUCAACUGCUGUAAGGAUAGCAGCGCUUCCGACGCAUCUAGGUAUUAAAUAUUUAAUAAUUUGAAAGACUUCUCGUACCCGGAUUUGGCUCUUGACAGUUCCAAAAGUAAACAAGGUCGAGUGAGCAUGGUUGGUUAUUGAAUAUCUUGAGAAUUUUGCAAAUAUGCAUUUGUUGGGCUAAAGUGGUCAAGUGCUAUAGAUGAGUGGAAAAUGCAUCACAGAUCUUCACCCGCGGUGACCCAUACCUGUGUAUAAAGUAGACCCCUCACUUCUUGGUCUGUGUAUUUAUAAUUAGUGUCUCAUUUGUGGAUCCAUUCAAAGAUUCUGUGUGUGUUUCACUCUCAAUAUUCCAUUUUGUAUAGUGUGAAUGAUGCCAUGUUCAGAAGUUUACAACAUAAAUUUCCUAUUUACUUUGUGAUUUCAAUUCAUAUAGAAGGCUAUAAUGAAGAGAAAUAUUGUAAAAUAUAGACGCCUAAAAUUUUCCUCGUGUAUGUUUUAUUAAAUUAAACAAUUUAACCAACUCUGCGUGAGAUAACAAAGUAUUUUGUUAGAAUAUAAUGAAAAAAAAUCUUGCUUAGUUCAGACAAUGAGUGAUUACAACAAACAGGAUAAUAAUUAUAGUAAUUAUUUAUUCUGUUCUGCGUCAAUCACUCAUCCUACAAAUGUAUGUCUUUAAGCUUUAACCGUUUUGCACAAUUUUGUUUUAGUCACGGCUUAGUUUGUUAAUACCACCUUUGUUAUAAUAAUUUGUAUUUUCAAAUGAAUGCAAUAUAUUGUACUAUGAAUAAGUAAAUGUAGAUAUGUAUUCUGUACAUUGUUUGGUUAUCUUUAGUGCAGGAAUGUAUUGAUAUUUCUUUGUUAAUUUGAUAUGCAUUUGAUAACAAAUGUUCCUGUGGACAACACAAUGUCGCACAGUCAUUCCCUCUGUCUGAACUAAGCAGAUGUGUUAAGAUAGUGUUUACUUUAAUUUUUGGAUUUACAAAACUUCUGAAUUGUCUGAAUGUGAGUUAUUGCAGGCUCACAGGAGUCCUGGAGUUUGCGCUAGCGGGCCUUAACCAUUGUAUAAUGUUUAAUAAUUAAGAAUACAUUAAAUUUUUUCAGAUAUAUUAUUGUCUCGUUAUGUAAUACAAAUGUAUCAAGGAAAGUUAACUAUGCAACACCAUAUAGGACUCGAUUACUUUUGAACAAAUCUUAGUGAGCCUUAGGUGAGUGCACCCACCAAUGUAGUGUGUCCAGUGUCCGUCUGAGUGGUGUCGACACUCGACGACUAUUCCUUAGUAUGAAAGUAAAAAGUUUAAAAUUUAUUGUUAAUGUAAAUGGGAUAAAGUUUUAUGAUUACUGGCUCAUUUAAAUGUAAAUUACCAGCCUAUGUGUUGCUACUAUGAAAAACUUUGUUAAAUUAAUAAUUAUAAUAGGUGUUCAAAUAUUGUUACGGUUUAGAUGUUUCCUCCAUUAUCAUUUCUGUUAAUAUGUAAGAUUAACUGCACAAGGAUAUUGGUAACGACUUGAUCUGAGUUGAACUAUAUUUUUAUAUAUAUCGUGCCAAUUAAGAACUUAUAUUUUUAUCUUUUCAAUCAAUAAUCGACAUGUACAAUUAAUUUCUUUUUUUUUUGCAAAUUUAUCAAUAAAACCAAUUUUAAAUAUUCAUGUUUUGGGUUGUGUAUUAUUUUCUCGCUCGCAUCGAACGUGUCGCGUUGCCGCGGUGAGGUACAUCGCGAUGAGUCACGGGCCCGCACACUGGAGCCCUGUGACAUAUGGCAAUUGAAACAGAAUUUUAAUGGAAUUUAAUUAAAUGAAACAACCAAUUA